UCCUGGAGCCGCAGCUGAAGCGGCGGCGGCGGCGGCGGCGGUGGCGGCGGCAGAGGCGGCAGAGGCGGCAGCAGCCGGGCUGGGGGCAGCGAGUGGCCCGCGCGACACGCGCCGGCCUCGACCCUAUGCUUUGAUUCGCGUGGCGCAGGCGCCUCCUGCCCCGCCGGCGGGGCCCGGGCUUCCUGCCGCGGGAUGUUCUCCCGAAGGAGCCACGGGGAUGUGAAGAAGUCCACCCAGAAGGUGCUGGACCCGAAGAAGGACGUGCUGACCCGCCUGAAGCACCUGCGGGCGCUGCUGGAUAAUGUGGAUGCAAGUGAUCUCAAGCAGUUUUUUGAGACCAACUAUUCUCAGAUAUAUUUCAUCUUCUAUGAAAAUUUUAUAACACUGGAAAAUAGUUUGAAAUUAAAAGGGAAUAAUAAGUCACAAAGGGAGGAGCUGGACUCCAUCCUCUUCCUUUUUGAAAAAAUACUGCAGUUUCUACCUGAACGAAUUUUUUUUCGAUGGCAUUACCAGAGUAUAGGCUCAACUUUAAAGAAGCUUCUACACACUGGAAAUUCUAUUAAGAUAAGAUGCGAAGGAAUCAGGCUAUUUCUUCUGUGGCUUCAAGCACUUCAGACAAACUGUGCAGAAGAGCAGGUGCUGAUUUUUGCUUGCCUGGUGCCUGGUUUCCCAGCAGUCAUGUCAUCCAAGGGCCCUUGCACACUGGAGACACUCAUCAAUCCCAGCCCUGGUGUAGCUGAUGUAAAGAUAUAUCCAGAAGAAAUUACUCCGCUCCUGCCAGCUGUGUCGGGGGAGAAGAUUGCUGAGGACCAAACCUGCUUUUUUCUUCAAAUACUGUUGAAGUAUAUGGUUAUUCAGGCUGCAAGCUUGGAGUGGAAGAAUAAGGAGAAUCAAGAUACUGGUUUUAAAUUUCUUUUUACAUUGUUUCGAAAGUAUUAUCUUCCUCAUUUAUUUCCAUCAUUUACUAAGUUAACAAACAUCUACAAACCUGUACUUGACAUCCCCCAUUUGAGACCAAAGCCAGUGUACAUUACUACAACCCGAGACAAUGAGAACAUUUACAGUACAAAAAUUCCAUAUAUGGCAGCUCGUGUUGUUUUUAUUAAGUGGAUUGUAACCUUCUUUUUGGAAAAAAAGUAUCUAACUGCAACACAAAACACUAAAAAUGGAGUUGAUGUAUUGCCUAAAAUCAUCCAGACUGUUGGUGGUGGCGCUAUGCCGGAGAGAGCGCCUGAACUGGAUGGUGGUGGGCCCCCGGAGCAGGACAAAAGCCAUUCUAACAGCAGCACCCUGUCAGACCGAAGACUCAGCAACUCCAGCCUCUGUAGCAUUGAAGAAGAGCACCGAACAGUGUAUGAAAUGGUACAGCAGAUUCUCUUGUCAACACGAGGUUAUGUCAAUUUUGUGAAUGAAGUAUUUCACCAGGCAUUUUUGUUGCCUUCCUGUGAGAUAGCUGUAACAAGAAAAGUAGUUCAAGUGUACAGAAAGUGGAUUCUCCAGGACAAACCUGUGUUCAUGGAGGAGCCAGAUAAAAAAGAUGUUGCCCAAGAAGAUGCUGAAAAAUUAGGAUUUUCCGAGACUGAUAGCAAGGAGGCCUCGUCUGAAAGUUCUGGUCAUAAACGAUCUUCCAGCUGGGGCCGCACAUACUCCUUCACAAGUGCAAUGAGCAGAGGAUGUGUGACAGAGGAGGAAAAUACAAAUGUGAAAGCUGGCAUCCAGGCUUUGUUGCAGGUAUUUUUGACGAACUCUGCAAACGUCUUCUUAUUGGAACCAUGUGCUGAAGUUCCUGUGCUCUUGAAAGAACAAGUUGAUGCUUGUAAAGCUGUUUUGAUUAUUUUUAGGCGCAUAAUAAUGGAGCUUACGAUGAAUAAAAAGACAUGGGAACAGAUGUUGCAAAUACUACUCAGGAUAACAGAAGCUGUCAUGCAGAAGCCAAAGGAUAAACAAAUAAAGGACUUGUUUGCCCAGAGCUUGGCAGGGUUACUAUUUAGGACACUCAUGGUGGCUUGGAUCCGAGCAAACCUCUGUGUGUACAUUUCUCGAGAGCUCUGGGAUGACUUUCUUGGUGUGCUGUCCUCCCUCACGGAAUGGGAGGAGCUUAUAAAUGAGUGGGCCAACAUUAUGGACUCCUUGACAGCAGUGCUUGCAAGAACCGUUUAUGGAGUUGAGAUGACAAACCUACCUCUGGAUAAAUUAAGUGAACAAAAGGAAAAGAAGCAACGAGGCAAAGGCUGUGUUCUAGAUCCUCAGAAAGGAACCACUGUGGGGAGAUCCUUUUCUCUCAGCUGGCGGAGCCACCCAGAUGUGACCGAGCCUAUGCGAUUUAGGAGUGCCACCACGUCUGGAGCACCGGGAGUGGAGAAGGCAAGAAAUAUUGUUCGCCAAAAAGCAACUGCUAAGCGAAGCCAGUCUAUCAGCAACUGUGUCCACCUUUCUGAGGCUUUGCCUGCCACUAAAAGCGUCCCGCUCCUCCUUCACACCGUGAGCGCUCUCUUACCUGGUCUCUCUUACUCUUCUUGCUCUCACAGGCUGUCAGAAGUGGAGGAGUGUCAACAGUCAGAAAAUGCACCUGCAUCUGGAUCUGGCCAUCUCACGGUGGGACAGCAGCAGCAGGUCCUUCGGAGUAGCAGCACCUCUGAUAUCCCCGAGCCGCUGUGCUCAGAUUUUUCUCAGGGUCAAAAGGCAGAAAACGCACAGAAUUUGAGUUCUUCAGAGCCUCAGCCUAUUCAAGAGAAUAAAGGACAUGUGAAGAGAGAACACGAAGGAGUAACAAUCUUAGUUCGAAGAAGCAGCAGCCCUGCUGAAUUGGAUUUGAAUGAUGAUUUGCAGCAGACACAAGGAAAAUGUAGGGAAAGACAGAAGAGUGAAAGUACCAACAGUGACACAGCUCCAGGCUGUAACAAUGAGGCAGAGCUGUCCAUGGGCCCAUGGCAGACCUGUGAGGAAGACCCAGAGCUGAAUACUCCCACAGAUGUUGUGGCUGAUGCUGAUGCCCGUCACUGGUUACAACUGAGUCCCACUGAUGCUUCAAACUUAACAGAUAGCAGCGAGUGCCUUGCAGAUGACUGUAGUAUAAUUGCUGGGGGGAGCCUCACUGGCUGGCACCCAGACUCUGCUGCUGUGUUAUGGCGAAGAGUUUUGGGGAUCCUUGGAGAUGUGAAUAACAUUCAGUCGCCCAAGAUUCAUGCCAGAGUUUUCUGCUAUCUCUAUGAACUCUGGUACAAACUAGCAAAGAUACGGGACAAUCUAGCAAUAAGCCUGGAUAACCAGUCUUCUCCAUCUCCUCCAGUUUUGAUUCCACCACUCAGAAUGUUUGCAUCAUGGCUUUUUAAGGCAGCGACACUGCCAAAUGAAUAUAAGGAAGGCAAACUGCAAGCCUACAGGCUGAUCUGUGCCAUGAUGACCAGACGCCAGGACGUUCUGCCAAACUCAGAUUUCCUGGUGCAUUUUUACCUUGUGAUGCACCUGGGAUUAACCAGCGAGGAUCAGGAUAUCUUAAAUACCAUCAUAAGGCACUGCCCACCCCGCUUUUUCUCCCUGGGUUUUCCUGGCUUCUCAAUGCUGGUGGGGGACUUCAUCACGGCCGCUGCCAGGGUCCUUAGCACAGACAUGUUGACGGCCCCUCGUUCAGAGGCUGUCACUGUCCUUGGCUCUCUGGUCUGCUUUCCAAACGCCUACCAGGAGAUUCCUUUACUGCAGGCAGUGCCAGAAGUAAAUGAGGCCAUUACAGGAACUGAAGAUAUCAAGCAUUACCUCAUAAAUAUUUUACUGAAGAAUGCCACAGAAGAACCAAAUGAAUAUGCAAGAUGCAUUGCCAUUUGCUCCCUUGGAGUCUGGAUAUGUGAAGAGCUUGCACAGAGUACAAGCCACCCUCAGGUGAAAGAGGCCAUCAAUGUGAUAGGAGUAACUCUGAAGUUUCCUAACAAAAUCGUGGCCCAGGUAGCUUGUGAUGUGCUUCAGUUGCUGGUUUCCUACUGGGAGAAGCUUCAGAUGUUUGAAACUGCUCUGCCUCGGAAAAUGGCAGAAAUCCUUGUGGCCACAAUUGCUUUUCUUUUACCAAGUGCAGAGUACUCCUCAGUGGAAACAGACAAGAAGUUUAUUGUGUCCUUGCUACUCUGUCUCUUGGACUGGUGCAUGGCAUUGCCCAUGAGUGUCCUUCUCCACCCAGUGUCCACGGCGGUCCUAGAGGAGCAGCACUCGGCCAGAGCCCCCUUGCUGGAUUAUAUCUACAGGGUUCUGCACUGCUGUGUGUGUGGCUCGAGCACGUACACCCAACAGAGUCACUACACGCUGACCCUGGCUGACUUGUCAUCCACGGAUUAUGACCCCUUCCUGCCACUGGCAAAUGUGAAGAGCUCUGAGCCAGUCCAGUGUCACACGUCGGCAGAAUUGGGUAACCUGCUGACUGUUGAAGAGGAGAAGAAGAGAAGAAGUUUGGAAUUGAUCCCUUUGACUGCUCGAAUGGUGAUGGCCCACCUGGUGAACCACCUGGGGCACUACCCCCUCAGUGGGGGCCCUGCCAUACUGCACAGCCUUGUCAGCGAGAACCACGACAAUGCCCAUGUAGAAGGCUCCGAGCUGUCCUCUGAGGUGUUCAGAAGCCCAAACCUGCAGCUGUUUGUAUUUAACGAAAGUACCCUCAUCUCCUACCUUCAGACACCCACAGAAGGACCGGCAGGUGGAUCACCAGUGGGCUCUCUCUCUGAUGUGAGAGUAAUUGUGAGGGAUAUCUCAGGGAAGUACUCUUGGGAUGGUAAGGUUUUAUACGGACCUUUGGAAGGCUGCUUAGCACGCAGUGGAAGAAAUCCUUCAUUUCUGAUUUCAGGCUGGCAUCCUCACACAUUUGGACCUCAGAAGGACUCUUCUCAAGUUGAGGAAGGAGAUGAUGUUCUUGACAAAUUACUUGAAAACAUUGGCCACACAAGUCCUGAAUGCCUUUUACCAUCACAGCUAAAUCUAAAUGAACCUUCCCUACCCCCAUGUGGCAUGAACUAUGACCAAGAGAAGGAAAUCAUCGAGGUCAUUUUGCGCCAAAAUGCUCAGGAAGAUGAGUGUGUCCAGAGUCAUAACUUUGAUUCUGCAAUGAAAGUCACCAGCCAAGGGCAGCCAUCCCCAGUGGAGCCCCGAGGACCCUUUUAUUUCUGCAGGUUGUUGCUUGAUGACUUGGGAAUGAAUUCUUGGGACAGAAGGAAGAAUUUUCAUCUGUUGAAGAAAAAUUCAAAAUUAUUGAGAGAGCUAAAAAAUUUGGACUCCCGCCAGUGCCGUGAGACACACAAAAUCGCAGUGUUUUACAUUGCUGAAGGUCAAGAAGACAAGUGUUCAAUCCUCUCUAAUGAAAGAGGAAGCCAAGCAUAUGAAGACUUUGUUGCUGGACUUGGAUGGGAGGUGGAUCUCUCCACCCACUGUGGGUUCAUGGGUGGCCUUCAGCGCAAUGGCAGCACCGGGCAGACGGCCCCUUACUAUGCUACCUCGACCGUGGAAGUGAUUUUCCAUGUUUCCACUCGAAUGCCGUCAGACUCAGAUGAUUCCCUCACCAAAAAGCUUCGUCACUUGGGGAAUGACGAAGUCCAUAUCGUCUGGUCUGAACACUCCAGAGACUACCGCAGAGGUAUUAUCCCAACUGCCUUUGGAGAUGUUUCAAUCAUUAUUUACCCAAUGAAGAAUCACAUGUUCUUCAUCGCAAUAACGAAGAAACCUGAGGUUCCAUUUUUUGGGCCUCUGUUUGAUGGAGCCAUAGUGAGUGGGAAGCUGUUGCCGAGCCUUGUGUGUGCCACGUGCAUCAACGCCAGCAGGUCUGUGAAGUGCCUCAUCCCACUCUACCAGAGCUUCUAUGAAGAGCGAGCUCUGUAUCUCGAAGCAAUAAUUCAGAACCACCGCGAAGUAAUGACAUUCGAGGAUUUCGCAGCCCAAGUCUUUUCUCCCUCUCCCAGCUACUCCCUCAGCGGAACGGAAGAACCUGGAGCUCCCAACGCCCCGGGUUCAUAUUCCUUGCGGACUGUGACUGUGGCCCUCCAGUCCUCCUGACUCAGCAGCUGGUGUGUGCACAACCUCAGCCGCAGAGGGGCCUCCUAGAAGGCUCAGCGGUUUUGCUUAAAUUCCUCUUUAGCAACAACCAAACGAAGCAGAGGCCAAAUGGAACCUCUCUUACAGUUAAGUCUUCUGACAGAAAGAAGGCAGUAUUUCAUAAUUUCCUUUUCCAGAAAGAUACAGGAUGGUAAUAGGACCGGUGACUAGCACGAUUUUCUCUUUAUAGAGAAAAGCCGGUACCUUUUUACCCAUUAGCCUGUAAAGGCCCUCAAAUGGCUGGAGGAAUCAAAUCCCUCAACAAUGGGAAACAUGGCCGUCCAUUUUGAAGUCAAUAACUUUAUGCAUUUACAGCACUGAUGUGGCCAAAUUCACUUCUCGGCACAUAAGAAACCUAGUAGCAUCAUGGUGGCGAACGUCAGGAAAGAGUAGGGAAACCCUAUUUUGUGACCACUUUGAGAAUAUGAGACAAUCAAAUCCAGAUGCAUGGAGGACACGUUCCACCUACCUGUGCCCCACGCAGAGGCUCCUCUUGCCUUCCCCACAGCACUCAGCUGUGACCUCCACCAUCCCAGCGUCCGUCUUCUCCUGUGUAGAACUGUGUGAUCUGUGGGAUUGCCUGCGGAUAAGGAAAAGCAAUCACGGGUCUGGCUUGGGAAGGUUCCAUUCCCCCAUACCCCCUAUCUCAGGCAAAACAGAAGGCACGUACACCUUGCCUUGCCAUUGCUGCUGAAUGUGUUUGGGCAGACCCUGCAGUCAGCAUGCAUCCCAGAGCCUGUACGCAGUCAUUAGGGAAGCCCUGCUCCCUAGCUACAUCCCAAGGGUACAGAGAAGCAGCCGGAGAAACAGCGCAACUCCAGUUAAUACCACAGCCUCCAGGUGACAUCUGAGCAUGCCGCUUCGUGAGACCAGGCGCUCCAGACCAGGGUGACAAUCGCUGACCCAACAGCAUCACACGUGAGAGUCCCAGAGGAGAAAGAGAUCACCGCAGAGAAGGAAGAAGGAGGCCAACAGAGGGAAUCUGCAGCCCAUGAGGCUGACUCCACUCUUUCUCCCAGUUACCCAAAGCUAGCAACUUGCUAGAGGCCAAAUUGAAAUAUUAAAACCCAGGUCCAUUCGAGACCUGGGGACACAGGCACACACCUUUGCUACAAUUUAAAUAGAUGGGAAAUGCAGCUUCACUCCUCAGAGCAUCUCAUAAAGCCCACGAAUGUUGGUUUUCAGAUAUUCAUCCCAUAAAUGCUUACUGAACACCAAAUAUGCCAGAUGCAGAGAUGGGCAAGAUGGACAGCAGCCCUCCCUUCACUAGAGCCCCCCUUCCAGACAGGACAGGAGACAGUAGUGUCUGCCGUCAGCAGCUGAUGCGUGCGGAGGAGAGAAGACAACAGGAAAAGGGUCUCAGAAGUGCCACUGAGAAAACCCAACACACCUGGGGUGGGCGUGCACUUGACAACAGAGGAUCAGAGCAGGCCUCCCUGACAAGGAGGGAGGGUCAGGAAGGAGCAGGUGAAGGGGCCUGAGGCAGGGGCUUUCCCGACAAGGAGCCCAGCCUGGUUAAAGCUGAGCUAGCCAGGGGUGGGCAGGAGGAACAGGAAGGCCAGAGUGGCCUUGCAGGCAGAGGGCGAGAUCUUGGCUCUUGCUCUGGUGAGGUGGGCAGCAUGCAAAGGCUGUGAAGCAGCAGAGUCCUGUGAAAUGACUCUUCUACAAAAGUCAGUCUGGCCUCAGUGGGUAGGGUGCGCUGUGGGGGUGGGGGACGACUUCCAUGACCUUUUAUUUGCCAUGUAUUCCCAUCUCCGGGCACGCAGCAGGCAUGCCAUCUGUGUCUGGUGAAUGAAUUGAUGUUAUGCUCAUACAAGACCAUAAGAGGUGUUCUGCCUGAACAUUCCCUGGGGACACUAGAGGGGCCCUCAGUGAUGCCCCCUCACCCCAGCACCACAGAACACAGCCCGUAUCCUGGAUUGCCCAGACAGGAAGAACAUGGAGCUCGGCCACAUGUCCCACCCUGCCUUCAAGGCCCUGCAGACCCCUGUGAUGUCUGGUGGUCAUGAGCACAGGUGUGUAUGAAGAAUCGUGCAUAUGGCCAUUCCCACUACACAGAAAGUGACUUCAAGAGACUUUAAACAACUCAGUGAUGCAGAAGGGCACAGAUGGAAGGCUGAGGCUCCCUGGCAUUCGUUCCCUGUUACAAAAGUGGUCUCCAGGACUCUCUGUGAACUGCAACCAUUCUUUAUGUAUGUGUAGAGAUUUGCAAUUUACUGCACGCUUUCCUCAGGGUCCCCCUUCCAUCAGGCAAGAUGUCUCUCUCUGACAGUCGAGGAAUGGAGGCAGGCUGGUUUUUCUGCCACCAGGUCACUGGUCAUGUCCAGACCAGGGCUUGAGCACCUAGGCCUCUCUGUUCUCAGACAGGACUCAUUGCUCCACCCUCCAGCCCCUGCCUCUCCCUGCCUGCUGUGGGGACCCACCCACAGGAAUGAACAACCCAGUGGAGGGGAAGAGCCCUUCUUCAGCAGCAAUGGCAAAACGUUCCUCCCCAACGGCAGAAAGGACUGUUUUCUAGAAUGUAUGUCCUGUACUAUUUGUACAGUGGCAAAGGUACACCCACCCACUUUGGCACGGAUAACUGAGAAAUUUAACUAAAGGGUUGCCUACUUUACAAUUCAAAUGGAGCACUGCAAAUAAUUCACAUAUAGAAAGUAUCUUAAUUAUGGGCCAGAAUUGCUUUCUGAGGACAAGACGGUCUUUAUCAGUAAAACUAGCAGGCACUUCCAUUGUUUCUGCAGUGUUUGCUCAGGCAGCUCAGACAAAUGCCUAGAACUCACUGUCCUCUCACAAUCACCAUAGACUGAGCUGCCACAUUUUCUGGAGCUGUGGAUCAUUAGGGAAAUUUUUAAAAAGUAGUUCUGAGUGGAGCACGCACUCCCAGUGUGUCUUGGGACAAAUCACACGAUAAUCCUACGUCACCUCCCCAGUCAAUCCCGAGGUGUUUUAAGACAGGUCAAUUCAAGUUAGGAUAAACUUGGGAGACAACCAGGGAAGCCUGGGUGCCUCCAGGGAACUUUUUCCCUGAAAUCUUGGAGCCAUUUCUGUUGUGUCACUUUUGAAAUCAUGAGAGCAGCAGUGCCACCCAGACCACCUUCUAUUCUAUUUUGCCAUUUUAAAAAACAGCUUAUUGAGAUCUGAUUCACAUAUCCUGCAGUUCAGCCGUAUGAAGUAUACAAGUCGAUGUUUUUGGUCUAUUCAUAAUUUUGAGCAACCAUUACCACAAUCAAAUUCUAUAACAUUUUCCUCCCCUCUUUAAACAGCCUGCCAAUCAAUAGUCAAUCCCCCUUCUCCCCACCACUCCUCAACCCUGAACAACCACGAAUCUACUUUUGUGUCUAUGGACUGCCCAUUCUGGACAUUUGAUAUAAAUAAAACCAUCCCAUAUGUGCUCUUUGGUGGCUGACUUCUUUCUCUUAGCAUAUUCUCAGGGUGCCUCCAUGUGUAGCCCAUUCCAUUUAUUUUUAUUGCCAAAUAUUCCACCGUACAGAUAGAAUACAUUUUGUUGGUCUGUUCAUCAGUUGAUGGACAUUUGAGCUGUUUCUACUUUUGGCCACUGUUAAUUUUUCUGCCUUGAAUGUUUGGGUCCUGUGUGGCCAUUUGCGCACGUGAAUUCAGUCUGGUAAAGUACAGAGCCUUCCCAUGGCUAAGAUGCAACGGAAAUCUUGGUAUUUAUGUUCUGUGAGAGCGAGAGGGUCUGGAAACCUUUCUUAAUGAUGGCCUAACAACAAGUUGGCACCAAGCUAUAAAUUUUAAAUGUAUAAUUUAGUUUAAUUUAGUCAUAGAUUCAUACGAGUACAUUAUAGUCACGAAGAGAAAGAAAAAAUGCCAGGAAUUUUUUUUUUUUUUUACCGAUGAUCCACCUGCUCACUUAGCCCCUGCACGGGAGCAGCGUGCAUACAGGCACACACUCCAUGCACUUUCCCUUCCUCCCUCCCUUCCUGCCAGUCCAGCUGUCCCAGCUUUCAGCUUCUGAACCAAUGUUGAUGGGCAAGACCAACAACCAGAAAGAUGAAGCCAAACCAGGAGUUAGAGCCGGGACCAGGACACAGCAACUGCUGCUGGAUUGGAAAUACUGGAAGCCAUCCUUGGGCCAUUUGGAGAUGUUAAUUAGGCUGGCUAAUUCCCACUGGCCUUGGGUUGCCAGUGUUGAGUGUGUGGGCUUACCCCAUCCAUGCCUGCACCUGUUCCCUUCCUCAGAGCCAUUCCAAGGGGCCUGAAUAGCCCAGACAGCUCUCUGAUCCCCCACUCUGUCUGCCUUCCUGCUGGUAGGAUAUUUAGCACUUGCUUAAAGCUGGAACCCUGGUCCACUGUUUCUCUCCCUCAUCCCUGCCAGCUCUCAAAAUCAUUCUCUUUCCUAAUUAUCUUGAACCAGUUAAUCAUUCUGCACACUGACUGUUCAGUAACCAGGAUCCAGGGACAGGCAGCCGCAUUUCUUGUCUGACCCUGCCCAGCAUCAUCCCAGGUGGCGGUCCUGGAGGGCAGCCUUUCCUCAGAGGCAAGAAGCUUGGUUCGCAGCCUUGCUCUCUUGCAGUCCCGGUGAGUACAGCUGGAAAAAGCAUGCCAUAGAAAGGCCCACCAUUCCGGGCACACCUCUGCUAGGCAGAGCCGCAUAGAACACAGCACAUCUCCAGCCAGCCUCUUGUUUCCUGUGCUGCUUUAAAGCCCUGUUGAUACCCAGAGUAUCGGAGAAGUCACUCAAGGCGAAGAAGCAAGACAUCUUUCCUCAGAAGUGACUUCUGGAUUUCCCCAGCCCAAACUCUGUGUCAGAGCUGCCAAUUGGCCACAGUUUGGCCUCUCAGUGUCUGGGUUAAACUGUUAAGGGCUGUCCCUGAGGAGUCUCUCUUAACUGCUCUUAGAUAUGAGUGGGGCUGGCUUCGAUUCCCAGCACCACAAAUAGGUAAAAACAACUUUGAAGUUAAGAUGCACAUUAACCCUAUAACCCAGUGUCACACCUUUUUUGUUUUUUGAGACAAAGUUUCGCUUGUUGCCCAGGCUGGAGUGCGACAGCGUGAUCUCAGCUCA